AUGAAUUCGCCGCCGCCGCAACGCAGCCGCCACACGCUGGUCGACGACGCCAUCCGCGAGAUUUUGCUCCGCAUCCCGCCGGAUGACCCGGCGAGCCUCGUCCGCGCCUCCGCCGUCUGCACCACCUGGCUCGAAACCAUCUCAGACCCCGCCUUCUUCCGCGACUACCGCGCUUUCCACGGGGCGUCCCCCGUGUUGGGCUACCUCCACAACAAAUCCUACGAAAGCCAUGGCGUCGCCCGAUUCGACCCUACCGGAGCCUUCUGCCCGCCGGUUCGCGACCGCCGCAACUGGCACGCGGCCGACUCCCGCCAUGGCCGCGUCCUCUUCUACACACCCAGAGAGAAGCACGCAGAUUUCACCGUCUGGGACCCCAUCACGGACCGCCGGUGGGGGCUUCUCACCGACCCCAAGCUGUCGGAGAUAAUUGAGACUGCAGAGGACCAGCAGGAGGAGAUAACCUGGAUGGCGGCGGUGCUCUGCGCCCAGGAUGGCUGCGACCACCUGGGCUGCUACGACGGUCCCUUCCUCGUGGCUUUCGCGGGCUCCAAUGAGUUAGAGAGGACCACGUUCGCCUCCUUCUACUCAUCUGAGGCUGCCGAGUGGAGCAAAAUGAUCUCCAUUGAGAACCCGAAUGCCACCAGUGCCAUGGAGGAGACAGGGCACACUGCAGUUGUGGGAAACAAAGUCUAUUUCCCCCGUAAGUGGAGCGGAAGAAUAGUGAUGUAUGACGUGGGCGAGCAAGAACUUUCGGCGAUCAAUUUGCAGGACCAGCCAUGCGGUAAACUCAUGGGGGAGGAGGACGGUGCGCUGGUGUUUGCGAGCAUGGGGGGUUCUAAACUCUAUGUGCGGUUAAUGGAGGAUGGUCCCAAUGGAGUUGUGGCGAGGGGGCAACGCAGGGUCGUCGAGCUUCAAACAUCGCUCCCUCCUAGUGCCCUCUCGAGCACAUACUGGAUGGUACGCAAAACCUUCGUGAGUGGUGGACCAUCGGUGGUUGGUUUUGCGAGCGGUGCUGGUGUCAUCUUCCUAAAUACAGAAGCUGGCCUGUUCACAGUUGAGGUCUCUUCUGGCCAAACAAAGAAGGUACACAGAAAGAUGUUCGUCCAGACAGUCAUACCCUAUGUGAGCUUCUACAGCCGAGAACAUGUCAGGAUCUUAAUGCCACUGCAAUCAAAACGUGGUCGCGGCGACCAUUCACAUGAAUUGGACACCGUUUUGCAUGAUCACGCUGGGGACAGAAUGCCACUGCCAUGA